AUGGUUUCAUCUGAUGAGGCCCAUGACGGGUAUUAUGAAGACGAUAUUUCGUCUUCUAGUAUUCAUUCUGUGACUACUGAGUAUGGCCAGCGACCAUUGACUGGGACCUUAUUUGAUAAACAGGAUCAUUUGGAUGCUGCUCCUGAUACGGUACUUGCAAUGGUGCUAGAUGUGAUGGUCAAGUCACGACCAAUUUCCCAUGAUCUGAGUCGCAGAGCUCUGGCUCAUCUGAUUGAAGAGGGGUACCAUCAUAUUGAUAUACUCUCUAGCACAACAUGGGAGGAACGCACGAAUGUGUUAAGAGAAGGAGGGUAUAACCGAUACCGAGAACAAUGCGCAACCAAUCUUGGUACCCUGGCGAACAUGGUGUCCAAGGGUUAUGAUGGCGACCUCAACAAUUUACUUCAUGCUGCACACGGCGAUCGAGAAAAAGUCCGGGAAUUGAUGAAGGAGAUCAAAGGUGUUGGAGAUCUGGGAGUGGAACUGUUUUUCAACGACGUGCAGAGUAUCUGGCCAUCAAUAGCACCAUUUCUGGAUUCACGCAGCUUGAAGACGGCCGAUGAGAUUGGAAUAGGCAGAGAUUUAGAUGCUAUCUAUGGCGCUCUGGGGCGAGAACCUGAGGAUAUGACUCGGCUGGCAAACGGCUUAUCAAAAGUACGCCUUGAGAAGAAACAAGUUUAA